AUGGGUUGCUUGAUGGGAGAUUCCAUAGCAUUGAUAAAGAUAGAAAGUACAAAUGCAAAUCGCCUAACCUGGUUAGAGGAAGCAUCAGCACUACUUCAGUUAGUUCAACCUGAAGCACAACAAUCAUACGUCCUGCGACUAAUCCUUUAUAAACUACAAGGCGAAGCUAGAAGUGUAGCACAAAACAUUCCUAAUCCGACAUGGAAAACCAUUAGACAUAUCCUCGUAACAACGUUUGGAGUAAACGAAACUUAUGGAACAUUAGUAAAUAGAAUACAUGAAAAUAUUAACAUUGAAAUACAUUUUACUUCAUCGAAAUCACACGCGGGAAAUUCCGACAAGAAUAGAUGUCAUAAAACCCUUUUGGAACAAAUAAGAAUUCUAAUUCAAACUAAAUCAACCUCAAACAUUAGCGAACAAGUAUUAAAAGCAGUAGAACAUUACAAUAAUACAAUACAUUCUACAAUACAAACAAAACCUAUAAACGUACAAUAUGGAAAAAUAGAAAAAUCUAAAUUAGAUAAAACAUUAAAUGAUAAAAAACUAAAAUGGAUUGAAUAUUACAAUAAAACUAGAGAACCCAUAUCAGAAAUCGAAAACGGAAAAGUGUACAUAAUAAACUAUGAAACAAAUAAUCGACAACGUUUUAUUAUAAAAACAAAUACGGAUAAUUCAAUCGUAACAACUAAAUAUAACUUAAACAUUACAAAAAAGGACAUUGAGACCUUAACGGACAACAAUUGGUUAAACGAUCAAAUAGUAAACUUCUACUUGAACUUAAUAGCAGACGAUAAUACCAAAAAACUUAAUCAAUCUAAAAUCCACGUAAUGAACACAUUCUUAUUGCCAAUACUAAAAACCUCCGGAUACAACGCAAUCAAGAGAUGGACGAGAAAAGUCAAUAUAUUCUUAUACGGCCUCAUAAUAAUACCUGCACAUCAAAACAAUAAUCAUUGGACUUUAGCAAUCAUAGAUUUGAAAAACCAAACAAUAAAAAUAUAUGAUUCAUUAGGAAACAACGACGGUAGCACACCAAAAUUACUUUGCGAAUAUCUAGAAAAAGUAUCCUUAGAUAAACUUCACAAUCCUUUCAAUACUUCCAACUUUACAAUAGUAAACGAAAAGAAUAUCCCUGCACAGAAUAAUAAUAAUGACUGUGUAGUCUUUGUUUGUACAUUUGCGAAAUAUGUAGCUAAAAAUAAAACAAUAAAGAAAAGAAUAAUAUUACAAAUAGUUCAACAAUCACGAGAUAAUAAAAAAUAUGAACCAACAGAUUAA